AUGUUGAAGCCAGACAAAUGGCUCAACUAUAAUAUUGAAAGUAAUUUGGAACUGAAAAAUGGAAUGAAUAUCACCAAUCGUCUUCAUUCUCUUCAAUUAUGUUACAUAUCAUUUGGCGAUCUUCUUACAUUUCUCUCAUCAAUAUAUAUGCCUUUACUCGAAAAAUUAACUUUAAUUGAAGUUUAUGAUGAUACACUCAAUCACCUUACUCAAUUUCAACAAUACUUUCAAUCAAGAACAAGAAUGCCUGCUCUUCGUCCAUCCGCUCUUCAAUUUCUCUUUCGCUUUCCGGAUACUGAUUUACUUAAUUUUGAUGUUAAUGAAGAUGAUAAAUCGAUUCCGGAUGAUGAUCCAGAACAACAAGUUCAUCAAUCACCUGAACAACUUGCUAAAAUGGAACCUUUAUCUGAUCAAGAAGGUGAAGAUGGUGAACAAUUAAGUAAAGAAGAACAACAACAAGUUACAACUGACAUGAUUGAAAAAUGGGUUAAUCAACUUCAAGGAAAAGAUUUUCAUUGCACUCUUUGA